GAAUCCCCACCAAUCCCAGAGGUUGGUAAGUGUCAAGGAAAGAUGAUCAGCGGAGAUGCCUGGCAUACUUUCCACCGCCAUGUAAGGUUGGUUCACCCAUUUCAAAACCGCUAGUGCCUAAGGGAGAGCUCAGAGUCUAGAAUUUACUACAGGUUGGGAAUCACAACGAGCUGCUAUAUAAAAGCCAUCAGGGACAAAGAACUUGAAUGAGAGAAGCAACCCCUUGGAGGUAAACAAUGUCAGAAAAGAAGCCCUCAACGAACAAGAACAUUAAAAAGCUGCGUGCCAUAAGCAUGGUGUGCAGCUUAACACGGAGCUGGCAGCAGUGGGUGAGUGAAAAUGAAGAGAAGCAGUCCAGUGAACCCAGCGGAUGGGCCCCGAGUUACUCAGAAGACCCCAAAGAUGCAAAAAAGGUAGCUCCAAAGAUCAAACCAUCUCAAAAGUCCCUUUCCAAUCAGGAUUCUAGAAAUAAAGACCAGGAUGAUGUGGAGGCCGCCGAGGAGUCACGCAUCAAAACUGCACAAGUGGUGAAAACCGUGACGAGGGAAGUUCAGGAGAAAAGUGCGGGCAUUGACUUUUUGACCAAACGCAUCUGUAAGGACCCGGCCACGGAUGAACUGGACAAGAUCCUGAUCAAAAAAGGGUCACCCACACGCCGCAGGAAGUGCUCCAACAUGGUCUCGGAGCUGACACGGAGCUGGAAGGAAAUGGAAAAUGAGAAAAAGCAGGCUCAGGAGGACAGUGAGGAUAAUGAGGAUAGAAGCCUGCAGCUAGGAACCAACCAGGAGGACACCGAGAAUAAUAGGACGAAUGAAACUACAGAGUCUGCGGUCACAAUCAAAAGAUCCUCUGUUCUCAGGGGCAAGAAGGAUGUUGAAGAUGCCAACAAAAUAAAUACCCUGUCCAAAAAAUACAGCGCUGUGGGCAACUUAAAAAGCCGCUGGCAAAACUGGGCAUCAGAGCAUACCGUCAAUCAGAAGCUCAACCCCUUCAGCGAGGACUUUGAUUAUGAGUACUCCAUGUCAACACGGCUGCGGCCGGGUGAGGAGGGCUAUGGGAGGCCCAAAGAGGGCAGUAAGACCGCAGAGAGGGCCAGACGCGCAGAGGCACACAUCCACAGGGAGAUUGAUGACAUGUGCUUCAUCAUAAGGACCAUGGCGGACCCGGAUCCGGACGGUUACACUAGAGUGACUUUUGGUGAUCUGUUUGACAGAUAUGUGCGGAUCUCGGAUAAAGUUGUGGGAAUACUAAUGAGGGCCAGGAAGCAUGGAAAAGUGGCUUUUGACGGGGAGAUGCUGUGGCAGGGCCGGGAUGAUGGCGUCAUUAUUACUCUGUUAGUAUGACACAGCGUAGGGACUCUGAACUGAACGUGAAAGAUGUUGCUGCUAUUGAUCAAAUAUAGAGAGGUAUAUUGUUAAAUUAUAAAUAAUUAUGGUUCUAACUUUAUAUGUGUGUAUUACAGUUUGUAAGUUUGCAGACUGAGUUUACUGAGCUGUCUCAGCUCUUUCUAUGUUUGCUUUUUUAUGUGUAUGCAUGUACAAAGAUUUGUUUCAUUGAGUCGUGCUUUGUUAAUAGGAAACUACUAAAAAGGAAUUGGAUUUUUUUGCCCUAAGGAUAUACAGUGAAGACAAAAAGGGCUGCUGUUAGUCUGGUAUUUUUCAUACUGUAAAUCCUCCAGAAGAGGGAGCAGUGCACUAACGCUACAAUUUCCUCCUUGCCAUGUAUUUACAGUCGUUAUGAAACUGGAAAUGAUCUCUGCAUUUAGUACAUGAUGUACUUUUAAUAAAAUACAAGUAUUUGAGUAAAACAAGAUGGGUCUUUGUUUCGAUUAGUAUAGAGCUAACAAUAAAAUCUGUCCUUUACAUGUUCAUUCACAAAUGCUGUCUUUUGACCGUUUGGAAAUUUGGAAGUAACCUACUUUGUAAGAAGCAAAUUAUUUUUAUGUUUUACUGAUUUAAAAUGAAAAUAAAUAAACAGUUGCUCUCUCUUUCCAAGUAUGUCACAUUACAGCAACAAAUGGCAGCAUGUUUAUGGGAAGCAUAUGGGAAUUGUUUCAACCUACGGUAAGGGCAUGAAGACAGUCAUGUAGCAGAACAACACGUUUAGUCACAAAGCAAUCUGAUAAACAAUGCCAAACAUUCUUUGAUUGUCAUUUGUCUGGAAACCAGAAAAACUAGAGAUGAUUGUAAUCAUCAGGAAUGUGGAUAAAAAAAAUAAUAAUUAAAAAAAAAAACCUUACAAGGAAGUGCUGUAUCAUGACAUAAAAAUGUGGAACAAAAUCUCACACCUGGACCUGAUGGACAGCCAAGCUCUGUAGCUCC